AGCUAUCAAUUCACUUGGGAGAGGCGCAGUGGUUUAAGCCCAGCCAAGGAGGCAUCCCAUAAACCUUCAAAGGACUGUUCCUGCCACAUCAUUUGAGAGCUGAAAACAGAGGCCUUUCAUUAUCAGCGCAGAGGAGAGGUCCCUUCAGUGCCUUACAGGAAAGCGUCUUGGCAGGAAGUCAGUUUUUAGUGGGUAGUUGUGGGCACUCAUGGCAUCAGAAGACCACCAAGAAAUCAAGGACCCCGCAGACACUUCCAGAACAGAUGGAGCUCCAUCCCCUGGCACAUCUUGCCCCGUCCACAGCCACAAUGCUGAAGACGCGAAGCGGAACAGCUUGAGGAAAGGACUGGUCAGACACCGAGACUAUGUCAAAAUUUCUGUGCCUGAAGGAAAGGUCAACCGAUUGCCGUCAGAAUGGUGGAAGACGUUCAUCGCUUUGUUUUAUGCCAUUUUGAACCUGGUUUUGACCACGGUUAUGAUCACGGUGGUUCACGAGAGAGUGCCACCCAAGGAGAACAGCCCACCCCUGCCGGAUAAGUUCUUUGACUAUAUAGACCGCGUGCAGUGGGCGUUUACCGUGACUGAGGUCAAUGGAAUGGUUCUGGUGUCUGUAUGGUCCAUUCAGUUGCUCUUUCACAGAUACAAGGCUAUUGUAGGAAGACGAUAUUUCUUCCUUCUGGGCACAUUGUACAUGUAUAGAUGCAUAACCAUGUACGUCACCACUCUACCCGUGCCUGGCAUGCACAUGGUCUGCGCCCCGAAGCUCUACGGAGAUUCGCAAGCGAAGCUGCAGCGUGUUCUGCAGUUGCUCUCUGGUGGUGGAUUAUCAAUCACUGGUUCCCAUCUGCUGUGUGGAGACUUCCUGUACAGCGGACACACUGUCAUCCUCACGCUCACGUACCUCUUCCUCAAGGAGUAUUCUCCUCGUUCUUUCUGGUGGUACCAUCUCAUGUGUUGGUUAACGGCUGCUGUGGGAGUUGUGUGUAUCCUGGUGGCUCAUGAACACUACAGCGUGGACGUGGUGGUGGCAUAUUUCAUCACCACACGACUGUUCUACUGGUAUCACACUAUGGCUAAUCUGCAGACUUUAAAGUGUUCUCCGAACAACUACCUCACUCACACCUGGUGGAACCCCGUGUUUAACUUCUUCGAGAGGAACAUCCAGACCCAAGUGCCCUGUUCUUUCUGCUGGCCGAUCACAUGGCCCCCUGCCUGCCUGAAGAACCCCUGUAAGAAAUAUUCCAUGGUGCAGAGCAGCCGAGAGGAGUGAUGUGAUUCAUCACAACGCUUCGACCGCCACGUGGAAAUGUUUUGUUUUUGGCUUGUGGCUAUCUCAGUGUUUACACCAUACCAAAGACCAAAGACUGUUCGGCUGUUGUUUAUAAUUACAUCUCAUUUAACAAGAGCCAAACAGUUCAUGAUGACCAAAAAUUGUAAACCUCAAUAAUCUUUGAAAAGUCAUUGUUGACUUUUUUUUUUCCUUUUUUUUUUACAUUUAUUUAUAUUCCUUCAUUGUGGCCAUUUAAAGAAGCA